GUAUAUAAAUAUAUAUUUAUACAAGCAUCAUACGCAGUGGAACGACUCGUGACACCACCACCAUCAUCAUCGACACACAUGCCGCAGGACAAGCGGCUGAUCAUCACCAAGGCGGUGCUGUACAAACUGCAGCGAGUCUGCAGUGAGACCGGCGGCAGCAGCAGUGGCAGCGGCAGCAGCACCGGUGCCGACCAGGAGGGCAUCUAUCUCGAAUUCAUCCUUCCGUCCGUCGUCAUCGCGCAGUCGCCGCAGCUCGUGCGCCAGCACCGCUUCCAUCUGCCCCACGCCGUGUACGUCAAGAACGGCCGCACCACCUGCCUCAUCGUACCGAAGGUGAUCUCGCACGACUGCCAAAAGGUUAAUAAGCGACACGGAUACUACGAUGCGGUGGUGACGGCGGAGGCGGUGUGCAAGCGUGGCGACGCCGAGGCCGCGAAACGGGCGCUGCGGGUGGCAGCCACCUUCAGCCAUUUCGUGGUGGACGCCCGCAUUGAGGCGAAGCUUCCGAACGCGGUGGUGGACGCGGUGAAGGCCUCGGCAGGGGGGUCAACCCACUCGGCGGGUGCGACGGCAGCUGCUGCGGUGCCCAGCACGGCUGUUCGUUGCCCUGCGAAGGCCAUUACGCCACUGGAAGGCCUGGAUGAGCGCGAAACACUGUCCUUCCGCCUCUCCCAGGGCUCCACCGCCGGCUUGAUUGAGUGCCGGCGACAAGGUCAGCUGCUCUUCCGCGUCGGUCACGGCGGUAUGACCGCCGGCGCGGUGUGCGAGAACGCAAAAAGCUUCAUUGUGUCGCUCAAAAAAGAGUUCCCGACUGUGUGGAAGUACAUUCACGAGUUCGCGCUCGUCUCGAACCGGACGGAGCGCAUCCGCUUCAUGGAGGUGCACAUCAGCGGACGAUAA